AUGAUCAGAGGCCAACCCACAAAGGGCCAUCAGAAAACGGCCUCUCACUCAUCAAUUGAUCUGGCUCGUCAGUAUGAGCUCGACAUAUCCAAAAUCAACAAAUAUCUAUUUAGGGAGACGGAUCAGUCCGGCCACCGGGCUGAGAAGUAUCUGGCACACGUUCGUAUCAUUGAGGACUCGAAGUCUCAGUCUGAACGGCCACCCGACAAUAGCCCCGCCAGUAAUAAGAAGGACCGCAUUCUGAUAUUGUCUGUGAGGUCAUCUGGAAGGAUUCGUCUGCAUAAGGCAAGAGAGAACCCUGACUCCAGCGUCCAAAUCGGUAGAACCUGGGAUUUCGAAGAGCUCACUAAAAUUGAGCUCGAUCCAGAAAUUCCGACAGGCUUUAUCUUUGAGAUGGGCAAGAGGUACUACUGGGAAACAAGCUAUCCCAAAGAGAGGAGAGUCUGGCUCACCUCUGUGCUUGAACAUUAUAUCAGAUACACCGGGGGUAAGAAGCUUCCUCAGAUGGUGAAUUGCUCGGUCGACUAUUUCCAUUUGGAGCCCCUUCUUCAGAAAUAUUCCCAUAAACUUCCCAGUCGCUCUGCAACCGCAGAGAGCUCAACUACAAUGACCAGUGGAACACGAACAGGGACAUCGGCCACCACACCAACUGCCCAUAGUUCGCCUGGAACACGUAUUGCAUCUCCCGUUCCAGUUGCAGGAGCUGUGUCUCCAUCAAGGCCAGGCAUCUACAGCAAAGGUGACAUGCGCUCAAGAGAGGUUCAACGAACGACUUCCGCUCUGAGGGGUAUAGACAAAGAGCAGGAUCGCAAAGAGCAGGAUCGUAAAGAACGCGAGAGGCAAGAAAAUGAGCGCAAGGAACGCGAGAGAGUUCAAAGGGAGCGCAAAGAACAAGAAAUAAGGGCACAGCAGUUAAGAGACCAGCAGCGAAAGGAACAACAGCGCGAGAUGGAACGCGUGGAGGAGGAGAAACGCAAGAAGGAACUUUUAGAGCGACAAAAGCAAGAGAUUGAGCUUCGUGACCGGCAACAACGGGAACAAAGACUGGAGAUGGAAAGACUUGAGCAGUCCAGACGAGAGAUGGAAAAGAUGCAAACCUUGAAUGCUUUGAAAAGUAACAGCGGGUCUAUGUCACCAAGAUCUGUCAAGUCAAUCGAGUUUAUAGGACACCGCAAAUCUCACCAUGAAAUUGAGGAAUUGACACAAGACGACGAGUACGAAGCUGUGUUCGACGACUAUGCUGAUGACGAACCAGAAACAGCGCCAUUAAACUUGAGCACGAACACUUCGUUCCCGGAAAAGCCAGAAAUUUCCAUCAAUUCACUUAAAGUGCCCUCCCCAGUCCCUCAUAAUGUUGGGAAGGCCGAGAAAUUCGUCCCUGACUUUGAUAUCUCUGAUGAAGAAGAAGAAAAUACAACCAUGGAUUUGCUGAGGCCUCAUGCCAGAUCGAGGGCUUUCAGCCGAGUUGACAAUAAAAGUCCAAAAGGUGGAGAUCUCACUGAGCUUUUUGAUGAGAUAGGGUGGGACCCCAAGGUGGACGACUCGAAGUCUCUGCGGAAGAAGCUGCUUAAGGAAUUGGAAAGAAUACAGUUCAAGAGAAUCGAAUCGCUGACGGAUGUCGUAGGCUCUUCGUCAGCAGUCAACCAAGCUAUCAAUAGGUCGAUCAAAGAAUGCGAGGCCAUUGAUCCAAUCUUGGCUUUCUACGGAAUCCAACUGGCCUCUUUUCAAGAUGAGGUUGAUUACAUAGAGAAACAGGGAAAAGGCCUUCAAGUUGAGACUACGAAUAAAAAGCUUCUUAUGAAAGAGCUCAACGAGAUCUUGCAUUCUGUGGAUAUUUCAGACCAAGACCUGAGCCGCUUGCUGAAUGAGCGGAUUACCAUUGGUGAACAAAAUGAAAAUAUUGAGGCUGCUUUGGGCAGUUUGUAUGCGGCAUUGAUGAAGAUCAGAGGUAACGAAUCCGAUGAUGAAGAAAUGGGUCAAAUGAGAGCUUUGGAAGAAAAAAAGUCUAAGUACGAGAAGGCCGCUUCCAUGUUUGUCAAUGGCUUCAAAAAACAAUUAAGUCAGCUGGUCAAGGCAUCGGUGACAAGUCUGAAUUCAAGACUUCAGACGGAAAAUUCGUUGGAUGCUGUAAAUUCUGCUCUCGAACGUAAACUGGCGGAGCUGAUGACGUUACAAGGCUUGGUUGCGUUCGUGAAACAGGUGUCGCCAGAUGAUUAUAAGCAGAUGCUUGUUGAGCAUAAGGAGGCUUAUUCACAGUUCUAUAUGAAUUUUGUUUCGGUCCUUGUUGAGAGAAUUGUUUCCGAAAAGCAAAAAGCCAAGGUUCCACCUUUUUCGUUCAAUAGCGAGCCAAAAGAUAUUAUUCUUGAAAUAUCGAAACGAACUAGGCCAACAACCGAAUCCAAGAAGAUGUCUUCGAACACAAAAAUCUUGCAGGAGCUUGGGUUGGGCACACCGUCUCAGGAGUCUCUCAGCAGUUCGCCAGAACCGCUGGCAAAACAUACUUUUGCAACGGCGCUAUUAGAGCUAUUAAGGCUGUUUUUCAAUAUGGUUAUUACACACCAACGCUUUGUGAUUCAGUUCUUUUCGUUGUCGUCGUCCGAAGAGUACAACUUUGUCAAGAUGAUUAAAAAGCCACUUGCUCUGCGAGUUGGUGAAUUCACCAAUUCCAACGUUUCUCAGAUGGAAGCAGAUCGUGAUGUUAGUGACCAGACAUUCAAUCUUAUGCAUAUGAUCGUUGGAGAAUCGAUUUACAAGUUGUUCAAGUUUGUGUCGAAAAUCGUCAAGGAGGACAUGCUGCAGUUCCCAAUCAUUUCCUUGUUUGCCGAAAAGCUCAUUGCCGAUCUUUCGUCGACAGGCCAAGAGUAUGUGGUUAACAUGCUGAGCCGAAUGGACUCAAAGCUAGUCCUUAUAUGGACGAGACACAUUGACAACCAGCUGCAUAUUAUGGAAAAAGAGCCGGUCGGGUUCAAAGUUUACAAAUUCAGUAAGGCGUUCCCUGAAUUCUUCCGUCGUGUUGAAGACAUGAUGGCCUUGAACGGAGCUGCUAAUGUCUCGGAAUAUGCUAUUAAGCAGCAGCUAGAUAGCGACUACAACAAACUUUGGGAAGGGCUCAACACUUGCCUUCAUAGAAAUGCUCAACUCACAGGACAACAUGAUAUUCUUCUUGCUAGAACAGCUAGCGAGAACACUCGGCUGGAACUUACUAAAACAGCCCCAUCUGCUCUUGAGACUGUAGCAGGCCACCUGGUUCUGCUACUUAACUACAAGUGGCUGAGUGAAGAAGUCAAGAAUUUGAGUACUUUGCCUCCUGCCAUUAGGACAAAGAUUGAGGAGCUGAAAUCGAGCGAGCUUAACGAUUUCUGUGACUCUUACGCUAGGACCACUGCGAUUGGAGAGCUCGUGUCGGUGCUAGAUGGCAUCGAUGGGCUGAUCAAGUCCCGCACAAAUCCAUCGCGCACAAACGCGUACUCCACUGCCAAUAUGAGCAAGCUGCUGAGCAAGUUCGAAUCAUCCAAAUUGAAGACGUAUAUCAAGCAGCUAUCAACAGAGCUUUCGGCGCAGAUCAUGGGCAAGAUGACGUGUGGAGAGGAAAGCGAGGUCAGUAAAAAACAUGCCCAGGAAUUGGAGAAAGACCUUUUCAACAACUGCUUGAACUCACUGAGCAUCAUUUACAACGUCAGUUUUUCGAAACUGAACCAAGUCCUCAAAGAUUACUACGAGUCGCUUUCUAAUCCGGUCGAUAAAAUCGUUAUCAAUUAUAACUUCAGCAAGGAGUACCUCUGA